CACGAAUCGGCGUAGUAUGAUCGCACAUGGAAUUCAGAAACAAACCUUACCUGAGAGAAUGCAGUUUUGUACUUUGCUUCUUAUCGUAGCAUGCUGCACGUCGGUUGUGUUGGCAGGCAGAGGAAAAGGGGGUCGAAGGAAGACAACACCAGCGCCACCACCGCCUACAGCAGAAAAACCUUCAGAAGAUCACCCUCCGGUAAAAACUCAUCACGUGAAAUCAGCAAGCCCAUAUGUUAACAGCGGCAAGGUGUCUUCGAUGUCAGCGCCUUUACUGCCAUUUAGUAGCAUGGACAAAGUAUCCGGACAAAGCACGCCUUGUGGAUACUGGGUUCAAAUUUUAACCGAUGAUAUGACGUAUGGUGGAACGGAUGAUCUCCAUUCAAUUAAAUUUUGGGUAAAUUAUACAAUUGGCGUACAUGAAGAACAUAGGUUCCCUUUGAAAGAGGAGCCUCUCAAUAGUGGCAAGUACCCAAACAAGUGGGACGCAUAUGGCGUGAUUCCCGUAACUUAUCUGCCAUAUGCACCAUCAUGGAUAAAAAUCAAAAACGAAGAGGGUGGAACAUUGGAUAAUUGGACAAUAAAAAAUGUGGUGUUGUUGAACACUUGCACUGGCAAAAUCUGCGAGUUCAACUGCAAUGAUGGCUGCCAAGUCGUGGAUGAUUACUGGUACCCACCAGUGCCAUAUGUGUGGAUUGAAGCAACACAAACGUGCGAGUGAGCGAAUUAAUGGCACUGUAUCAAAGGUUUUACAGUUUGACAAACGCAAAAGCUUUACAUGUAUUUCAUGAUAGUCCACAAUUAAAGUUUGAAAUGUAA